UGCGCAUGCGCAGGCGGCGAUACGCAAAUCAGAGGUGAAAGAUGGCCCGUGCAGCUCAGAAAGUCGUUGGUUUGGGAACAAGAUUAGGCAAUUCAUUAGCCACUCAAGGGCCUAAACUUGCUACAGAAGCUGUUGAGUAUUCAAAGCCAAGGUUAUCCAAGUUUUGGUACUAUGCCAAGGUUGAGCUAGUUCCACCUACUCCCGGUGAAUUCCCUGCUAUUCAGAAGGGCAUCAGUGACAUCAUCAAGUCAGCAAGGACAGGAAAAUUUGCCAAUUUGACAGUAAAGGAAGCAUGGGCAAACACACUGGUAUGUGCAGAGGUAGCAUUCUGGUUCUUCAUUGGAGAACAGAUUGGAAGAAGAAGCAUCGUUGGCUACAAUGUCAAGUCUGAUUAUGAACCACAUCCAUACAUAUAGAAACCUCUUCAAGCCAUCCAGAAUGUAUUUUUAUUUGAAAUCGCUCUAUUAUAUCACAUGGAUGCAUUGAGGAGAAUGAUUAUAUGUUUGUAAUUGUGAAAGCUGAACUCACAAAGUGUUCAAUUCCUGCCAGGGUGAAGUCCAUCUGGUGUUCAUUUCAGUAUAAAGCAAGCAUCCCCAAGUCAUGAACUAUCUAAAAGUACAACAUUUUUAAUUUAUUGGCAAGAUUCAUACACUUUUUCUCAGCUCAAGGCCUCAAGCAAUGAUGUUUGAUGUGAUGCUAGUAUCCCCCAUUACUCAGUAUGUACUGUAUCAAUCUUUGAAAUUGGCAAUAUUAUGUCUGUUUCCAAUGCGUCAUAGAAUGUGGAAACCACCAAAAGCAGUUUGUUUUCACAAGACAAGAUUUCAUUCUUAGCAAAUUGUAUCGGGUUGAAUUUAAAAAUGUGUAUAAAUUCACGUUUGACGUGUUUGUAACUUUAUUAAAAAGUGUUUAUCAAACCAAA